UUCUUCUUCUUCUUCUUCUUCUUUUUUUGCAAUAUCAAAUGAGAGAAUGGUGUUGAAAUCAAUACGCUCCGCCAUGUGUUCCCUAAUUACUCAGUUUCCCAUAAUCCAAUGCAAGUAACGUCAGAAUCUCGCGACCGGAGGUAGCUAACUGGAACGCUAGUUAGCUCAAUGCAGACUUGAUGAGAAUUAGAAUUUUCUACAGUCGUUCCGUUGCAGCUUCUCCAGUAGUGGAAAGGACGCCUGUCUAGUCUCCACUUUGUACUUGUUAAGCCGGCUAAUCAUUUACGGAGGAAGUUUUUAUUUGCAUUCGCAGGAGAGUUUCCGUUUUCUCACGUGCAUCAUCAGAAAAAUGGAGAUUUCUCCUGAGAUAAAAUCAAACAGCUUUCUGCUGGACGCUUCUCUGCUGUAUAAGGAUAGCUGCCCGGAGUUAUCUCGCUUCUACAUGCAGGGGUCUUUGAAGGCUAACGGACCUCUGAAACAAAAGUUCUCCAGUAUGCUGCACAACACUGUGGUGUGUCCGUACUGUUGCCAGUGGCUCCACCCUGACAAUCACCAUGUGCGGCUGAGGCCCAAGCAGCGUCCAUCAGCACGGGUGCAAAGUGUCCUGCUCAGGAAGGCCAGAGGCAAACGGCUCAGCCUGGUGCAGAAAAAUCUGCUGUGCCGCUUCCAGAAGUCCUCGUCGGUACUGAUGGCCACCUGCCAUGCCUGCAAUAAGACAUCCAGGUACAAGGGGGUGAACAGGGAUUUUAUAGCUACCUUCGCUAAGACCCACAGCACACCAGGGAGUGCUGGCAAGCACAAAACCCCACAGUCAACCAGCAGAUCCAGCAUGAAUGCCCACAAGACUCCUGGCAAGGACAGGGCGCCUGCUCAUACACCUAGAUUCUCCUCCUCCUCCUCCACCUCCACCUCCACUACUACCACUUCAGGAUCAGGCUCGGGCUCAGCUUCCUCCAAGCCUCCUAAAAUUAGAAACUGGUUUGUCCGACGCCUAAGCAAGAUUCUCCAGCGAGAGGACAACCAGGGCACCAAGAAGGGGGGCUUGAAAGAUUUUCUCUCCUCACUUUGAGCAUCUUAAGAUUAUAUGUGCUUUAUCUUUGUGAAUACUCUUAAAAAACAAAGAAAUGGGAGGAGGCCCAUGUCGUAAUCUGUGUAAUCCAGAGCAUCAGAACUUGAGAAACUAGUUGAGUUUCCAAGCCAGUGAAAAGGCACACAGUUUGUCCAACAGCGCGACAGUUGCUGGGCGGAUUGGAGCGGCGCUCCUAGAAUCCUGAAUUGUAACCGGGGGCACCGAGGUCGCUAUUUCAGCUGUCAGUCAGUUUCUGCAUCUUCUGCACAGUCAGAAAGACGGGCGGACUUCUUUUCAUCUAAUUUAACACAUCCCCCGUUUGUAAACUCCCGAACUGUGGAUGUUGAAGGAUUAUAAAGUAUUUAUUUAUCAAAUUGCCGAAGCAUCACAGGAAAUCCGGCUUUUCUCUGUGGUGGCAUUUGUGGUAUGACGAGCUGGUUUACAUAUAUAUUUUCUCCAUUUUCUAAUGUUACAAAAAUAGAUUUAUAUAGAAAAUAUAUACCUUUAACUACAAUUCAUGCUAUUUGAUGUUCAAACUUUUGUAUUUGAUUUAUUUACUUAUUUUAGCUUUCAGUUCUCUCCAGUGGGAACAUUUUUCUGUUUUUUUUAUUAUUUUUUUUUAUUACAAAGUUGAAAUAUAGAAGUGAUAAAUGUAAAUAUCUCAUUGUUACAUAUUUGUAAAUGCAUACAAAUCAAUCACCAAUGAAAAUAUUUGAUUAUCAUUCAGAAUGGGACUCACCAGUCACUGUUUACAAUGAAAAGGCACAUCUGCCAAACAUCUGUAGACUUACAAUUAGUGUCAUCUAAACUUUACAUUUUCUUUUGAUACCUUCUUUGGCUACAUGCUUUUGCACCAUUGCUCUAUUAAAUAUGACUUGUGUGUUUUUUGUAAUGUCUGAUUACUUACGGUUGUAGAUUAGCUGUUCAGUGAACACACAUUUGUUUAAAUCCUGAAAUACCUCACAUUUAUAUUUCACUGUGAAAUACCUGAAAUAAAACUGUGACUUUCAGUCUGUGAAAGUAGGCUCUUUACUUUGUUGCUCUGUUUACUGCUGCUUUUAUGCACUGUCUGCUGAUAAAUACGCAUAUUAUAUGACUAUAUAUUUGGUAUUCAGUAUGCAAUAUCAGUUCUUGCCUACAAUCUAGAAACUGAGCAAUGUUUAAGACACUAAGAUAUGGCUGCAAGAAAAGUGUGAUCAAUAACUUUAGAAAAAUUAGCUUAAAAAAAAGAAAUAAAUACACUCACCAGCCACUUUAUUAGGUACACCUUGCUAGUGCCAGGUUGGAUACUCUUUGGAUAUUUUCUCCUUUUCAGGUUAUUGUCAGUAAAUUCUUCAAACUCUUCUGUGGGAAAAUACGAGUGGAUCGGAAGCUUCUGACAUAUGCCAUCAUGUCCUCUUGAACAUGUCUAUAUGCCUAAAUGCAGUUUUAAAAUAAUGUAUUUAUAGAGAUCUUUAAUGCCCUCAUGGGGAAAAAGGCUUUGCAGACACUAGUCCAACAUAAUAUAUAUAUUUAAAACUUAGAUCCAAAUGAACUCCGAUGUCACCAUGACUCAAAUUAUUCAAAAUUUAUUUAAUAACGCAAUAAGCAGAUUGGAGCCAUCUGAAUCUAUUACUAAUUUUUUAGGAAAGCCAAACCUUUACCUUCAAAUGGAAGCAUUUGAAACGCAACAUGCAUGAAAAGAUGCUAAAGGCGCACGCUGAUGGUUUGUUCCGUUGAUGUUAAAGGUCACUUAAACGAGGCACAGAUGAUCUAAAACAUACAGUGACAUUUUGUUUCCAGUAUCCUGUUAUUAAGAUUAAAACUGCCAAACUAGAAAAUCAUAGAAAAUGGGUUGGGAAACGGAUUCAAUAAGGGAAGAAUAAACAUUUUUAUCA